AAACAACAAUAAAACUGUGUACGUAGUUAGCUAGCUAACCUGCAAGAAAUACAAUACGAGUAAAAGACAAAAAAUACGCACAGUCGCUCGGCCGUUGCUAGAGACUCCAAGAGUGGAACCAUGGAUGUGGUGCGGUUAUUUACAAACCUACUAGCAGUGCACAGACAGCAGCUACAGGCUCUGGCUGUACAGGGGGAGAUCCAGACUGAGGCUCUGGCACAGUUACUGGAGAAGGAGGAGCUCAGGAGAAUGGAGCCAGAUGUGAAGCUGGAGGAGGUGAAGGAUCCUGAGGCCUACCUGCUGCUUUUGGAGGAGGCAGACUCCAACUCCAGGCUUUCUAAUGUGAAGUGGGGGCUCCUUGGUGGGGAGUGCCUCAGGUCAGGAGAGCCAAACUACGAGACACUGAGGGCUAGCCUGCAGAGCCAAGUCAGGGCAGAAGAGAGCCGACGGCAAGAGGACUUCAGCUAUCUGAGGUACGACCCUGAGAGAGGACCCAGGGAGUUGGGGCAGGGACUGGAAAGUGCUGCCCAGCACUGGCUUCGGCCUGAGAGGAGAACGGCUGCGGAGGUGGUGAGGUGUGUGGCCCUGCAGAGGUUUGUGUCACUCCUGCCCACACACGUUGGAGACUGUGUGCUGAAACAGUGCCCCCGGGACAUGGAGGAGGCUGUCUACAUGGCUGAGGAGUACCUGAACAACACACCUGGGGAUAAGUGCAGUGAGAUGGACAACCACACUGAUGGAGAGGGAUACCCUGCAGGCCAACUGAGAGAGGAAGAAGCAGGACCUGCAGAACAUCAAGUUAACAGUGAGAAGAUGAAAGUCACAGGACCAGGGUUGUUUCUGAAGAGGAUAGAAUUUUCUAAAGUCUGUCAGUCCAGUACUUUCAAUAUAGAUGCCAAACAUCUGGAGGACAUUUACAGUGAGGAGAGGAGACUUGAUGGAGAAGAUGAUUUGGUUGAGGAAGACAAUUUUUCUGAACAUGAGGACUGGAUUAAGGAGGAGAUAAAAUACAAUAACCAGGCUGAGGUAGAGGAUGAGAUCAGGUCAGCCUCUGAGAUGGGACAGUCUACUGAUGUGGAUAGAAAUACUGAGAAUGUUGAGAGAAGUCAGUUUAGAAACAUAGCAAAUCAGAUGCCCGUCUUUGGAAGGGCCAAGAGAGGUGUAUCUGCUCCUGUCAUCUCCUCGUCCAGCCCCAACACCGCCGAGAAAGAGGGAGGAACACCCUGCUGCCUGAAGCGGAAAAACAAAGAAGAUCCCCUCCAUAGACCAAGCCACUGCUGUCAUGACUGUGGUAAGAGCUACAAACGGGCUGCUUUUCUCAGCAAACACAGUUGCAGUGCCUUCCCUAAGUUCAUCUGUCCUGACUGUGCCCAAGUCUUUGCCUCUCAGAAAUGCCUGACCCACCACCGCAGGAGCCAUAAUAAGGCUCUAGGCUGCUCAGAGUGUGGAAAGCAGUUUAGGGACAAGUAUAAUCUGAAAUGUCACAUGAGAACCCACACAAGUGAGUCCCCUUAUACCUGUACAGACUGCGGGGAUGUCUUUGCUCAGCUGAAAGGGCUGCAGGAGCACAGGAACAUCCACACAGAAGAAAGGCCAUUCCGCUGCAGUGUGUGUGGGGAGGGCUUCCACCACAGCCACACCCUAACAAAACAUAAGCUUCUUCACUCCCAGGAGUCUUUCCUCUGUACUCGCUGUGGAAAGAGUUUUAAACUAAAUGACGACUUGCUAAGGCAUCUGAGGACGGUGCAUGAUGAAAGCAUGUACCUCAAUGGAGAUCAGAGUUUUCAUAAGAAUGGAGACAUUUCACCUAGGCCCUAUUGGAAUUGACUCUAUUUAAAAAAGUCCCCACUUAAAAUGUUCAACAUACUUCUUAUUAUUGGUGAGACUUGCGACGCAAACGUCCCAGUUUAAAUCUUUGUCAUAAUAAUUCUUAUUAGUGGGGCUUGCAAAGCAUUCUCUUACAUUGUUUAAGCUAGAAACAUCAUUCAAACUUUAAAAUGUGCAGAACAGUCAGGACCAGUGUGCUUGCAAUCAACUUUUUGAUAUAUUUUAUUAUUUUUAAACUAUUAAGCUUUUUUGUCCUUUUUCACUUUCAUGUGAUUUCUUCAACAUUCUAAAUGUCCCAUUGUGACAUCAACUCCCAGACUUCCAGCAUUCCAUUUACUGUGAACAAUGAAACUUUUGACACAAACCUGAUGCCACUUUCUCAACCAUUUUGACAAAAAGUUAGAGCAUAUGUAAUCUUCCUCUACUUUGCUAUUCAAAUCUGAAAUUGGAACAAAAAUAUCAUACCGAUCAAACAAUACAGCUGUUUUACUAACUGCAUCAAUGACAUUUCUAUUAACUUUUUAUAAACAACCUAAAUUUGGACCACUUUCCCAGUUAGACAAAAAGUUAGAGCAUAUGAGAUCUUUGUCUACUUCUUUGGUAUUCAAAUCUGGGAUCAGAACAAAUGAUUUACUACUAAUCAAAAGUUACAGCUGUCUGAUUUUAGUGUGAUGAAAAGCAGCCAGCUAACAGCUCUCUGUUUCAUCAUUGAGCAGCCCAAACAGCCAUUGCAAUGGAAACUUGCAAAAACUUAAAAGGUUAUGACAUCUGGUCUACAUCUCUGCUAUUCACAUUUGGAAUCAGAACAUAAUUAUCUUCUACCAAUCAAAAGUUACAGUUGUUUGUCUGAGUUGAGUGGUGAAAAGUAACUAGUUAACGCCAACUAACAGCUGUCUCAUGCCACGUCAAAUUGUUUAUGCAGGGCUCCCUUGUGAAAGAGACCCUGGGGUCAUUGGGGACUCCCUAAAGGUACAUUUUAAAAAAUGUAGCAGACCAAAAGGAGCCAUUGCUAUGGAUACUCGCAAAAACGUAGAGAGUAUAACAUCUUGGACUCAGCUAUUUAAAUCUGGAAUCAGAACAGAACAAACUUCUACCAAUCAAUAGUUUCUGAGUUACUGCAGUUUGUCAGAGUUUAGUGACAAAGUAGCUAGCUAACAUCAGCUAAAAGCUCUCUCAGCCCAAACAGAGCCGUUGCUAUGGAUACCAAUGCAUUUCAUUGGCUGAAAAGGGGCCAUAGACUGCAAUGAAAAAAAUCAAUGGGACGACUGGGUGAUCUUGUUCUCCGAGGCUUACGUGAGGAAGGUCUUUAUUCAGGUCAACACUCACAGGGCUUACGGGCCUGUUCUCCGAGCAUGCACAGAUCAGCUUGCAGGCAUAUUCACUGUAAUUUUCAACCUCUCCUUGUCCCAGUCUGUAAUCUACACAUGUCUUAAGAUAACUACCAUUAUUCCUGUUUCCAAGAACUCUUAAAGCUUUAUGCCAAAAUGACUACCGCCCUAUAGUGCUUUGAAAGGUUAUUCAUCCCAGACACCAGACAUACUGCCUCAACAGAUCCAUAGACGAUGCAAUCUCAAUUACGCUCCACACUACCCUCAUCCACCUCGAUAAGAAGAUAAUUUUUCUAUGUGAGAAUGCUGAUCAUUGAUUACAGCUCAGCGUUCAACACUAUUGUCCCCUCCAAGCUCAUCACCAAGCUUAGGACCUGCUUGUUUGUUAUUUUACCUGCUUGCUUGUUAUUUUACUGUAAACCUUUAUUUAAUCAGUGGAGCCCAAUUGAGACCAGUGUUUCAUUUUCAAUGGUGCCUUGAGACCACAAAGCUAAAAAAUAUUACACUACACCAGAACAUCACUAACAUCAGAGCCAUCAUAAGCAGGUUACUAAAUCAAUCAAUCAAAACAAUUGUACACCUCGAACUCAUUUAUCAUCUGGGUUUUAAAAUGCCUUAGUAGCACCAGGGAAUCCAAAUGUAAUGAAUUUUGUAAAUGAUUACAAAAAUGUGGAGUGUGAAAACUAAAAGCAGAUUCACCUAAUUCUGUGGAGAUUGAGGAUUCUGAAGAGUUAGCAAACCCAUUUACAGGGUUGGUUAUCUCAUUCUUUAAUACGUUAGCAACGAAGUUAGGUAAUUUGGAAGCUUGUGUAGUAGGACUUCGGGAACAAAAAGGGAGUAAUACAUUGAUCUACGUGACUUUAAUGAGGACCAGCCAAUCUAUUUAUAAAAAAGUAGCCCACAUUAAAUAUUAGCUUUUUAACUAGGUCAUCCGUAUGUUUUUUAAACAUGAAAUACUUUGUCAAUCCAGAUGUCCAGAUAUUUGUAGGCGGGAACCUGAUCAAUGGGAGAAACAUCCAAUUAAUAAAUGUGUAGUCCAUCUGAAAUAUUCUUGCGAGAACUAGAGAACAACAUGUAUUUCAUCUUGAUCGCAUUAAGUACAAGUUUUAAACCAACCAGGGCUUUCUGAAUGGUAACAAGGUCAGAUUGCAGCUCUAAUAUAGCCUGUUCAACAGUUGGGGCAAUGGCAUACAUAAGUGUCAUCUGCAUACAGAUUAAUAUUACAAGUUUUAACAGAUAGACUAUUAUUUAAAUAAAUAGUAAAGAUAACAGGUCUUAGUACGGACCCCUGCGGUACACCUUGUGUAAUAUCCAGAAAACUAGACUUAACACCACCAGAGAUCACACAUUGAGUCCUGUCUGACAGAAAGUUUUCAAACCACUUGCAAGAAGCUUGAUCCAGGCCUAUUCAGUCAACCUUUGAAUAAGAAUGUGAUGGUCAACAGUAUUGAAUGACUUGGAAAGGUCUAUAAAUAAGGCAGCAGAAUGAUUUAACAAUUUUAACACAUCAUCAUAAACAAGUGUAGCAGCUGAAACUGUGCUAUGUCCAGAUCUAAAACAGGAUUGGUGCACAUUAAAAAUAGAGGGAGAAGUUAAAGUUUUUGCUGAAAGUUAGUCUGGGAUUCUAAAACUUUGGAAAGGCAACAUAAUUUGGAAAUUGGACAGGAGUUAACUAAGUCAGAAGGAUCUCCUCUUUUAUGUAGUGGGAGGACAUUUGCCUCUUGCCAUAUCUUUGAGAUAACACUAGAAACAAUUGUCAAGUAAAACAUAUAGGUCAGUGGUUCUGCAAUAAGUGGGGCAGAGAGCUGCAAUAAGAAGAAAUCAAGUGAAUCAGCCUCUAUGUUUUUUAGCAAAGUACAUCAUAGACAUCAAAGGGUUGAAAUGAAAAUAAAGUAUGAGUCUGUUCGUGCAUCAUUCUCUACAAUCUGGUCUGAGGUGACUGAAGGACUCCCUCUAGUGGGAUGAGAUUAAUUUUCAGAGAUGAUUCUUUCAAACAGUUGGCCAGUCGACGCAAAAUGGUUAUUAAAAGCAUCAUAAAUGUCCAUUUUGUCUAGAAUGGGACCAGAGGCUGUCAACCUGCUGAGGCAACGAGGGGUGGAGUUUUGUUUAAAGGAUUUGACCACUUUCCAGAAGUUGGCUGGAUUGCCACCACUCUGAAAAACAAUUCAAGAAAUAUAAUGAUUUUGCUUUUGAAACCAGGGAUAGAAAUCUGUUUCUCAAAUCUCUGAAGGACUGCCAAUCAGAUGUAGAAUCAGUCCGUCUAACCUUAGCCCAAGCUACAUUUCUUUCCUGUAAUUUCUCCGACAAUUCAUGCGUAAACCAAGGAUUACAUCAGUCUUUUACCCUUAAACAGGGAAAUAAAAAAAAUAAAGGUUAAGUGCCUGAUCCACAUCAGUGAUAUUUGACACAAUCCCCAAGUCACUCAACCCCAGCUCAGAAAAAAUGUGCUCAUUAAAAUUCCUAAAAUGUAUCUUUAUAAUAAUGUGUGAGCAAUAUUUAGGUAGUUUACAUAUUAUUAUAAAGAAACAUUCUAGGAAUUUUAAUGAGCAAAAUGUUUUGUCUGAGAUGGCAAUGGUGCUACAGAGUGUGUUCUGGACAGCCCAGUACUUCACUGGAGCCGAGCCCCCUGCCAUCCAGGACCUGUAUAUCAGUCGUUGUGAAAGGAAGGCCCGGAAAAUCUUUAAAGACUCCAGCCACCCAAGCCAUAGACUGUUUUCUCUGCUUCUGCACGGCAAGUGGUACCGGUUAAUUAAGUCCGACACCAACAGGCUCCUGAACAGCUUCUAUCCCGAAAACAUAAGACUGCUAAAUACCUUACAGAAUGGUUACACGGACUAUCUGCGUUGACCCUUGUAUUUUAUUUGUGUUGUCUCUAUGCACACUCACAGGAUUCUACACAGUUAUGCACACUGACAGUCCAAAACAUAACAUGCACACACGCACUCCCAUACAAUCAUCAUUUAUGCUGAUACUAUGUUUAUCAUAUAUCCUGAUGCCUAGUCACCUUACCCGAUGCAUACUCUAUAUAGGACCAAAAGUAUGUGGACACAUUUGUGGUGGAAAAAGUACCCAUUUGUCAUACUUGAGUAAAAGUAAAGAUACCUUAAUAAAAAAUGACUCAAGUGAAAGUCACCCAGUACUACUUGAGUAAAAGUCUAAAAGUAUAUGGUUUUAAAUAUACUUAAGUAUCAAAAGUAAAUGUAAUUGCUAAAAUAUACUUAAGUUUCAAACGUACAAGUACAAGUAUAAAUCAUUCCUUAUAUUAAGCAAAACAGACGCCACAUUUUUUUAUUUACGGAUAGCCAAGGGCACACUCCAACACUCAGACAUAAUUUACAAACAAAGCAUGUGUUUAGUGAGUCUGCCAGAUUAGAUCAUUAAUAUGGAGUUGGUCCCCCUUGCUACUAUAACAGCUUACACCCUUCUGGGAAGUCUUUCCACUAGAUGCUGGAACAUUGCUGCGGGGACUUGCUUCCAUUCAGCCACGAACAUUAGUGAGGUCGGGCACUGAUUUUGGGCGAUUAGCCCUCACUCGCAGUCAGCGUUUCAAUUCAUCCCAAAGGCAUUCAAUGGAGUUGAGGUUAGGGCUCUGUGCAGGCUAGUCAAGUUCUUCCACACUGAUCUCAACAACAAUUUCUGUAUGGAUCUUGCUUUGCGCAAACAAGAAAGGGCCUUCCCCAAGUUGGAAGCACACAAUCGUCUAGAAUGUUUUUGUAUUCUGUAGCGUUAAGAUUUCCCUUCCCUGGAACUAAGGGGCCCGAUCCAUGAAAAACUCUUGGCAUUGGCAUUGCGCAUGGUGAACUUAGGCUUGUGUGCGGCUGCUCGGCCAUGGAAACCCAUUUCAUGAAGCUCCAGACGAACAGUUCUUGUGCUGAUGUUGCUUCCAGAGGCAGUUUGGAACACAGUUGUGAGUGUUGCAACCGAGGACAGACCAUUUUUACGCAUUUCCUCACUCGGCGAUCCCGUUCUGUAAGCUUGUGUGGCCUACCACUUCCCGGCUGAGCCGUUGUUGCUCCUAGACGUUUCAACUUCACAAUUACAGCACUUACAGUUGACCGGGGCAGCUCUAGAAGGGCAGAAAUUUGACAAACUGACUUGUUGGAAAGGUGACAUCCUAUGACGGUGCCAUGUUGAAUGUCACUGAGCUCUUCAGUAGGCCAUUCUACUGCCUACUGCCAAUGUUUGUCGAUGGAGAUAACAUGGCGUGUGCUCGAUUUUAUACACCUGUCAGCAACAGGUGUGGCUGAAAUAGCCGAAUCCACUAAUUUGAAGGGGUGUCCACAUACUUUUGUAUAUAUAGUGUAUCUACCUCUACCACUCCAGUAUUCCUGCACAUUGUAAAUAUGGUAUUGGAACUGACCCUGUAUCUCGCUUCUUACUUUCUCAUGUUCUUAUUUUUAUUUGUGUCUUUCUGUUCUACCUUAUGGCAUUUUUAGUGCUACAUUGAUAAUGAUUACUGCAUUGCUGGAUUUAGAGCUUGCAAUAAAUGCAUUUCACUGUACUUGUGCAUGUUACAUUAAAAACUUAACUUGAAAAACUAUAAUAAAAUGUUAGUUUCUAUCUGA